AAGAGGCGGUUGCCGUAGCGGAGCCCUCCGGCUGUGUGUGCCUGAGGAUCCGCCGCCCGAGCCGCGGACGGUUUGCCGAGCCCGUUACUACUCCGCCGAGCCUCCCGCCGCCGCCAUGUCCCGCUACCUGCGCCCCCCCAACACGUCUCUGUUCGUGAGGAACGUGGCCGACGACACCAGGUCUGAAGACUUACGACGUGAAUUUGGUCGUUAUGGUCCUAUAGUUGAUGUGUAUGUUCCACUUGAUUUCUACACUCGCCGUCCAAGAGGAUUUGCUUAUGUUCAAUUUGAGGAUGUUCGUGAUGCCGAAGAUGCUUUGCAUAAUUUGGACAGAAAAUGGAUUUGUGGACGCCAAAUUGAGAUACAGUUUGCACAGGGGGAUCGGAAGACUCCGAAUCAGAUGAAAGCCAAGGAAGGGAGGAAUGUAUACAGUUCUUCGCGCUAUGAUGAUUAUGACAGAUACAGGCGGUCUCGAAGCCGAAGUUAUGAAAGGAGGAGAUCAAGAAGUCGUUCCUUCGACUACAACUAUAGACGAUCUUAUAGUCCUAGAAACAGUAGACCGACUGGAAGACCACGGCGUAGCAGAAGCCAUUCCGACAAUGAUAGAUUCAAACACCGAAAUCGAUCUUUUUCAAGAUCUAAAUCCAAUUCAAGAUCACGGUCCAAGUCCCAGCCCAAGAAAGAAAUGAAGGCUAAAUCACGUUCUAGGUCUGCAUCUCAUACCAAAACUAGAGGCACCUCUAAAACAGAUUCCAAAACACAUUAUAAGUCUGGCUCAAGAUAUGAAAAGGAAUCAAGGAAAAAAGAACCACCUAGAUCCAAAUCUCAGUCAAGAUCACAGUCUAGGUCUAGGUCAAAAUCUAGAUCAAGGUCUUGGACUAGUCCUAAGUCCAGUGGCCACUGAUAGUAUAAACCAUGAUAUUUUUAGGCAUGUAUCAUUCAUUUACUCAUAGUUUGGUUUACUUAAAUUAUCAGGAAUACAAUGUUGCAAUGAUGCUUAAAAACACAUGUCAGUUUUCCCUGUACCAGGCAAUGGUAAUAAUUAAAAUGAUAUGCUGUUGAGAAGCCACUCUUACUAAGAGUCCAGUUUGUUUAAUGUUAUGGGCAGCUACCAAUUUGUGGUGUCUCUGUAUAUUUUUGUAAAGAUUCUCAUUUUUAUGCUUGAAGUAUUGGUGAAAGGAUGUUGGUUGACCAUAAUUUGCAACAUUGUCUUAUUAAAAAUAAACUUUCAUAUCCAUAUUUGGUAGAACUGUUAACAUAGAAAUGUAGCUUGCUAAUUAAUAAGAUAGAAUGAUACAAAAGUGAAGUUGUAGCCACAGUACAACACUGACUUACCAGACACAUGUAGGUUCAGGGUGGACCUUUUUGUCUUGUCAAGAUGUCUAGGCCCGUGAUAAUAGCUAAUUUAUAACAGUGGAAUAGUUUGUGGACCCCACUGUCUUUGGGGAAUGAUGCCAACUGGGUUAGGUAGCAUUUGCAGGGAGAAUGAGGUUUUGACUGAAAAAUAGAGCCUUCACUUGUUAUUUUGUGGAUUCUUUGAAGAUUUGGAACAUAAUAAACAUCAGAAAAACUCACCUUAAAAUUUGAGCUAGCCAAGGAUGGCAGAAAAAAAUUUUAAGGGGAAAGAAUGCUCAUAUGUAGUUACUCACCAUUAAGGAGCAUAUGUGUGACCAUAUUAUUGCUUAAUUUUCUUAACUGCUGUUAAAAAGCAGGUAAAUUGUUUCAAAGCCAGUUUUGUUUGUGUGCAUAGUGUAAAAGAACUGAAUUUUGAUACUUACUGCAUUUGGUAUGUGCAUUUGUAUCAAAAUUUGCCUACCUCCCUAUGAAGGAGGCUUGUUCUUCACACCACUUUAUUUAAUAUGAGGCAAGUUGAAUGACAACACUCCCAUUUUAGGUGAUUGUGUGGUGCCAUGAAAUUUAAAUUAAUUUCGAAAGAAGAAUUUUAAAAGUCACAUCUCUGAAUUUUUGAUUAUCAAUGUAGUGUGGCAAUACCUGACUAAAAAAUGAGAAAAUAAUACCCUUAACCAUUUAUAAUUUCUAUUUCUCUGAGAGAUUGUUUGUCGGGGACGGGGGAGGGAAGGGACAGUAAAAGUAACUUGACAUGUCCAGUUUCAUUUCAGAAUAAAAGCUAGCAUCUUCAAAAUUUUUAGAUUGCUUGCUUACAGAUAAAAGAAAGAAAUACUGUGGGGAAACUAUUCCUUUUAGAGGAUUACUUUUUUUCAAUUUGGUUUUAGUAAUCUAGGCCUUGCCUGUAAAGAACAAAAGAUGGUUUUUAAAUACUGUUUGUGGAAUGUGUUUAAAGGAUUGAUUCUAGAACCUUUGUAUAUUUGAUAGUAUUUCUAACUUUCGUUUCUUUACUGUUUUGCAGUUAAUGUUCAUGUUCUGCUAUGCAAUCAUUUAUAUGCACGUUUCUUUAAUUUUUUUAGAUUUUCCUGGAUGUAUAGUUUAAACAACAAAAAGUCUAUUUAAAACUGUAGCAGUAGUUUGCAGUUCUAGCAAAGAGCAAAGUUGUGGGGUUAAACUUUGUAUUUUCUUUCUUAUAGAAGCUUCUAAAAAGGUAUUUUUAUAUGUUCUUUUUAACAAAUAUUGUGUACCACCUUUAAAACAUCAAUGUUUGGAGCAAAACAAGACCCAGCUUAUUUUCUGCUUGCUGUAAAUUAAGCAAACAUGCUAUAAUAAAAACAAAAUGAAGGAAAUAAUGAUUAACUGGAAUUAUUAUAGUUUGAAUAUGAUUCUAAAAUAACAAUGAAAAAAAUCCUUUGUAGAUGUUAAGAAUAUUUUUAAACAGUGUUGACUAGGCAUAGCUAAAUUUACUUUAGAUAUGAUAGAACUUGUCAGAAAGGUACAUCUUUUACAUAGUACUUAAAAAAACAUAGGAAUGUCAAGUUCAUAUUGUAAUUGCUUAUUAAGCCCUUUGAGUUAAAUAACUCAUGGGUUAUUGGUAGUGUUGAGCAUAUAAAGUGAAAUUUGGGUUAGCUAAUUUAAGUUUAUAUUUUCAUUAUUGGGUGAACCAAUAAUUUUGCUCUUCCCCAUCCUAAACAGAAAUACAGUGGGCCUUGUAAAUGUUUAUGGUAUGAUUUAAAAUACUUUUUCAUUGAAUGUUGAUCAGCAGUUAAUAAGUAAUAACUCCUUGGGGAAACUGGUUUGGAUGUUUUAUGUUUUCCAGCUAUGUUGUAAUGACAAUUAUAGCUGAUAAUUAUUAAGUAUUGAUGAUAUGCCAGAAACUAUUCUGAAAGUUUUUAAUGUUAGAGUUAACAUAAAAGUUCCCUCUUCACAAAACCCUGAGAAAGAUGCUUUUAUUUUUCCCAUAUCACAGAUAAGGAAACUAAGGCACAAAGAAAAGACUGAAAGCCAGUAUUUGAGCUUACGCCUGGUCCUUAGAUGGUUUUUUUUAAUGGACUAUUUGGAAGAAGUAGAUUGAAGGAGAUAGCCCAUUGAAAUUGUCUGGUUUCUUAGUAGACAUAGGCCUGAUGUUUUCAUUUUUAUUUACUUGUGUCACUUAUUUUGAGAUUCAGACCAUUUUCUUUGAGACCCUUGUCUUCUAAAGUGACAUAUCUAACAACUUCAAAAGGACUAUAUUAUAAUGGAAUCUGUGUUAGUUAUGAUCUCAUUGAUACUUGAUGAGGAUCCUUACACAGUGCUUUAAUUUAGGAUUACAUAGUUGAGUUCCACGGUUACUGAGUAAUAACUACUGUGUCUGGCACUGUGCUAAGUAUUAGAGUAGAUCAUAUCAAGACUGAAGUGAGGACUGACACUUCGUCUCUUUUUACUUAAAGUCUCUGCGGUUUUUGUGAGGGUUUUUUGGUUUUGGUUUUGUUUUUCUUUUAAGCCAAGUAAGCAAGAAGAAAAUAAUGACAGAUAAUGCUUCAGUAAGAAAGGAAAGGUGCUACAUAGAGUGUGAGCUGUUAAGUUACAACCCAGGGGAAAGACCUGGGAACUAUUGUACUAUUCUCUUGAAAAUUUGGCCCAGUAAGCUGCUACAUCCAGUUCAACUAACAAAAUCCUGUAUACCACAGAGAAGAAUAAAGAAAACCAAACUGACAAACAUCCUUCUUUUAUUUAAGACCAAACUGCAGCUGGAAUACCCAGUACAGUUCUGCUUACUACACUUCAAGAAAGAUCUGAGAAAGCGGAAAAAGAACCAAAGAAGGGCAGUUCAAGCGACCAAAGGGUGGGUGGAAGGUGCUGCAGUAUGAAUACUGUACGAAUAUUUUGACUCUGGUCUGAAAAGAUAAAAGAAUGUUAUCGAAACUACAUGGAAUAAUUGAAGUCCCUUCAAGUUUGAAAGUAAGCAUUUUAGGACAAUUAAAAGGAAAUUCAACUUUGUACUUGUGGAAACUAACCCCUAAAUCUGAAUAGGUUUAUAUUGAUUCGUGGGUAACAAGUCCAUAAUAAGUUAUUGGAAACUAGGAUGUCUGAGUAUCGAGGAAGACAGCCAUAGUCUCUUACAGUGCCUCUAUUGGUCUGUUUCAAACUAAAUUGGGUGAGAAAAGGUAUGGUCCAAUUUAAAUUUUUCUUGGUUUUCUCUUAAAGUCAGUUGCAUUUUCACCAUUGGCAAAUAUUGCCUUUAUUUAUUCCAGUGCCAGUGUUGUCUGCUUAAUGGUUUGCUUUGUUGGCAUCUGAGUUUAUUUACUUGUAUGCCACAUGCAGUUUACAUAUUCCUUAAACAUUAAAUUCUAGUUAUAUUUGACAUCCACCUAAGAGGGUCGGUCCAUCUCUUCUCACCUCUUUUCUAGUCAGUGUAUUCAGCAAACAUUUACUGAGCCCUUAAAGUGGGCGGAAAUUAUACUGGGUAAUUGGGGAGAAAACAGAUAAAAUGCAGUUACUCAAUAAAUGUCUACUGAGCACAAUCUAGUGAAUCAUUAUACCGUGGCCUCAUUGUCUUGUUUGAGGUGUGUUAUAACUAUUUUGGAGCAGUCAUGCUAAUGUAAUUAUAAAGCCUUUAAAAACUAUCAAAGAUACGUAAUCUUGUGGUUAUCUGCCAUUUAAAAGUAUCCAAUAUUUCUGUUUGCAUCCCAUUAAUACAGAUAAUCAAAAUGAUGUUUUAAUCUGUAAUAAUCUGAUUUGUUGUGCAGUGACUGUAAUAUUCUAGAGUUAUAUUAAAUUGUUAACUCUGCCUCCUCCAAAACAUUAGGAAAUAAUCCCUAAAAUAAGUAUUUAACUUUGCAUUAGAUAUAAAGGAGACACUGGGUGCUAUAAUUAGAUUAUUUUGAGGCAGACAGCUGUUACCCCAACUGAUUUAGUAUGUUCUGUAAUUGAGAAAAUGUUCACCAAAUUAUACUUUCUAGUGAUUGACAUGUACAUUUUAUAGGGGACAUGUUCUGUGUAUAGUGAAUAAAUAAUUUUUAUAGUA